CACAAAUUAAAGCGCCGUGUCUCCACCGGUUGUGAUUCCAAAGGCGCUGUAACUCCGAAAUGACUCGCUUCUCUUCCUCUUCCCUCUCUUUCUAACAUAAAUUCAGCGGCAUUUCGAUGGGGUCUAUGCUCGGUGACCUGCCGUCAUAUGAUCCUCACAACUUCAGCCAACUCCGACCCUCCGAUCCUUCAACUCCUUCUAAGAUGAUUCCAGCAACUUAUCAUCCUACCCACAGCAGGACCCUUCCGCCACUGGAUCAGGUUAUAAAUACUGAGCCAAGAAAUAUACUUCUACGACACAUUUAUCAGCAUACAGAACAAAAGUCAAGAACAAAGAGACCUGCAGCCGAGCAUCCGAUGCCCGAGCACGGAAGCAAGCAACCAAGAGCAUCUACUGCCAACACUUCAAAUUGAGCCUUGGAGGGCAGUUUCUUCCAACAAUGUAAAAUCUGUUCUAUGUUGUGAAAUAUGUUGUGAAACAGCUCGGCCCGACAUUUAAAUGCUGUAUAUAGAUUUUACUCCUUGUAAGAAUGUGCUAAACUCAGCCACACCAAAUUGUUCUCAAAAACAUUAACAGUUCACAGCUUACCAUUUUGGCCUUCAAAUCUUGGCCCUAUUCUUCUUUAAA